AUGUCGAAGAUGUUUACGCCCCUUGAUUUGGGACGCUGUAGGCUCCAGCAUCGGGUCGCAAUGGCGCCGUUGACGAGAUGUCGUGCCCUAGAAGACCGAAUACCGGGGCCCCUGAUGAAAGAGUAUUAUUCACAGAGGGCUUCUGUGACGGGAACUUUCCUCAUCACCGAAGCUACAGGGAUCUCCCCCAAAUCCCCUGCUUUGGCGCAUACUCCCGGAAUAUAUUCGGACGAGCAGAUCGCAGGCUGGCGCGAAAUCACCACCGCCGUACACGAAAAGGGCUCGUACAUCUAUCUCCAGCUGUGGCACGUUGGUCGUGCUGCCAGGCCGGGCACCGUGGUGGCUGGAGUCGAGGUGGUGUCUGCGAGUUCUGUACCAGAGACAGAAGAGUCACCUGUACCACGAGCUUUGACGGAAGAAGAGAUUCUCGAGCUGAUUCAAACGUACAAACGAGCAGCCAUCAAUGCCAUGAAGGCCGGGUUCGACGGCGUUGAGAUCCACGGGGCGAAUGGAUACCUCAUCGACCAAUUUACCCAAGACAUCACCAAUCAACGGGACGACGCCUGGGGUGGGAGCAUUGAGCGACGCGCCCGUUUCGGUCUUGCAAUCGCAAAGGCCGUCGUCGAUGCGGUCGGAGCCGAUCGAGUGGGCUACCGUAUCAGCCCGUUCAGCCGACAUCACAGCAUGGGCAUGGCCAAUCCUCUUCCACAAUUCACGUACCUGGUCGGAGAAUUGAAGAAGUUGCGCUUGGCUUAUCUCCACAUUAUUGAACCUCGUGUCAGCGGGAACUCAGAUAUGCCAUCCCUCGGAUCCGUCGAAGGCUUGGUAUUGGCAUGGGAGAAUGUCAGCCCAGUGCUUCUUGCCGGCGGGUACACGCCGCUGGAAGCUCGACAGACGACCGACUCAAGGUACAGGGACCGGGAUGUUGUUAUUGUCUUUGGGCGGUGGUUCAUUGCAAACCCAGACCUGCCGUUCAGGAUCAAGGAGAAUGUCGCUCUCAACAGGUACAUCCGCGAUCUUUUCUACACAGUCGAAAGUCCCAGCGGAUAUACAGAUUACCCUUUUAGCGACGAGUUUGACCAAUCUUUCAAGAUCUAG